GGGCCUUGUCCCAGUCAAGGUUUAGUUUGUCCAGAACAAAGAAACAGACGGAUCGAAGAAACGACGAGUUCACGCUGUAGUGUUCUGACAAGGGAGCUUCACUGCCUGGUGUUGACGCGCUAAAUCUUCCCCACGGAAGUGCACUGUUCCAGUUGUAAGAUUCGUGAUCGUCUGCGGUGCACCGGUGUCGUCUGCAAGCAACGAUUUUGUAAAAUCAUUUGAACACCAAUGAAUUCAACCUGAAGAAAAAUCAUGCCUGUUCGGAAAGUACCUCCCAGUGAAGUGCUGGAGUCUAUCCUGUUCAGUGGGGGGAGUGAAACAUCAUUCUUCUGCAGAGUUGAGUCUUAUCUUGACAAUGCAGAGGGGAACGGGCCACAGGAUUGCUCAAAAAGAUUGAUGGACAGACUCCACUACUUGACCAAGAAGGAGCUGGAUGCCCAGAACUACCAGCAUGUCACCCAGCUUUUACACCUGGUACAGGUUAUAGCCGGUUUUACAGACUUUGAUGAGGGGCUGCCUGUUCUGUUGGACAACAAACUUCCUGACAUGAUUGAACUGGUAUUCAAGAAAGCUGUAUCAGAGUCACAAAAGAUGGGCAGAGUCAGUGAACCGAUACAGAUGUCUAUGGAGCAAGUCAUGGACACAAUAACUAGUAUCGCUGAAUACAACAUGGAAGGGAGGAGAGCAAUGUUGACCGUUCUGGCAGUUCCCCUGGCCAAGUUUUUGUGUGAGACCAAGGCAGAUUUUGGUCUGAGACUCGAGGCAGGAAGAACACUGAAUGUCCUUCUCCAAGGCAUCACAUCUUCCAUCAGGCAUGAAUACAAGGCCUCUCCUGGGAUGAAGGCUGUUAUGAAGAACCUAGCGGCACUCAUCCAGGGUGCAGGAGAUUUUGAGCUCCAGAUCACCACCCUUGAGGCGCUUUUCCGCAUGAUGAGUAGGACUGACCGUGGAACUGUGGCUAGGGAGUGGUUCCCAGACCCAGCCGUCAACAGUGCCAUGCUGCAUAUCAGAGAUUCUGACUUUGAAACUGAUUGCCGUAAAUUCCUGAAUAUACUAAACAAGUCCCUAGGAGCAAAGCGAAGCGUAUUUUCCUUCCCAUGCAAAGGUGCCUACUUAGGAACUGAAAAGCUCCAACAACCUACAGAUGACAACCUGACUGACUUCUGGGUGGACUUCAACACUUCAAGUCACAGUAUUUCACUGUUUGUUGUAGACAAGAACAAUACAGACCAGGAUGAAGCUGAUGGCUGGGAGACAGUUGUCAUCAAAUCACCAGAUGUGAAAUUCUACAUGCUGUCAGAGUGUAUGGGUGACAUCAGACUGGAGAUGGUCCUACUCAGACCUGCCUGUGACAUCUCUGAGGUGUGUGCAGAGUCCAACAGAGAUAAAACUGCCAUCUUUGUUCUGAAGAAAAGUCCAGACAUCCCCCGUGCCCUGGAUCUCAGUCUGGGCAAAGGCAAGGAGCGACAAAAGCCUCAUGUGUCAGUAGCAGGCACACCUGUGCGAUUCAGCACCUGUGCUGCAGCCGAUAGCUCAGUAAUGGAGGAUGAUGACAUCCAGUCACAGUUAGGGAAGCCCCCACAGCCUCGCACGGCUCAGAAGCAUGUCUCAACCAAAGGCAAAGUGUCUGUGCCUGCACAAACAAUGGCCUCCCACUUCACAUCACCUGUACAGGUAUCUGGCUCCUCUGCAAAACCAGCAGACAAGCAGAAGACAGAAAACCACUGCUCGGUGACUUCCUCCACCCCAAGGACUCCUGUUGGGAAGAACACUGGGGCUGUGCAGAAAAAGAAAGUGAAGACUCCACUACAGAUGGUUACCUCUGGCCAAGUGAGUUCCUCCCAGAGGUCUGGUGUGAAGGUUUCUGUUCCACUAACUUUCAUCCGCCUGGGAAGCAGCCAGGAGAGAAGACAACAGACGGAACCAGACAGAUCGAACACCAAUGAUGACACAGAUGAAGUUGUGCCCAGUUCCUGUCCCAUGGAAGAUAACAUGGCCGUGCCAGACUCCCAGAUUUCACAGACUGAGAACAAUGCACCUGAAGCCACAAGAGAUAAUGCAGACUCCAUUGAAGCUAUAGACCCUGAUCAGGCACUGUACAUCAAGGCCAGGCUAAGAGCCUCAGACAGCCCUGCCCUGAGCACAGUGACUGAGCGUACAGAGAGCAGCCGUGCCAGUACCCACUCCCCACCUUCAGCCAAACAGAGGACUGCCAUCUCCAUGGAGCCCAUAUCUGAAGAACAAAUCCUCCCUGCAAAGAAUGACAAAGUGUCCAAACAGCAAAAAGACAAGGCAGCAAAACCUCCAAAGAAGAAGGCAAAGGUGUCUGGUACAGAAGUUCCAUCCAGCCAGGCAGAGGUAGAACCUGUUCGGAGACGUCCCCGGAGAGCUGCAGCUCAGGCCGCUCUCAGUCAGUUCCAGCACCUCAGCCAAGAUGUGGUCAUUCCUGACUCACAGCCAAUAGAACCCCUACCAAAGCCUGGCAAGGGAAGGGGUAUGGCCACCGGGGCAAAGAAAACAAGCACAUCAAUACAGGCAAGAGGUACCCAGAGGUCUCCAUAUGAUUUUUGUGGAAGAGAUGACAUGACACUGGAAGGAAGGACUGAUGAGACAUCCAUGGAAACAGUGAUCCCAGACUCACAACCAAGCCAGCCACCAGUCAGCAGAAGGCAAGAUGGGAAGGAUCAGAGCAAGUUGGGAAUGAAGAAAACAGAAGGCUUAUCUUCGCGUAACCAAGGCAAGCAGAAGACACAAAGCCAGGUGAAAAAAGCACCAAGAUUGGCAAAGUCAGCAUAUUCACCCCUGUCCCAAGAUUCUGCGCUUGACUUUAAGAUGACACAGAGACCAUCUCAGCAACCUUCAGGAAGAAAGACGAUGAAAGAGAAGAGUGCGUGGGAUGAUUUUGGAUCACCAAGGUCUAUCGAGUCAAUGGACUCGUCCAUCUAUGAUUUCAAAGAGGAUGAUCAAUUCUUAUUCCAGGCUAGUGGAAAACAAUCUUCCAAAGCCAAACCGCAGAAAAAUGCGCCCAAAGGGAAAGCUAGCCAAAAGCCCAAACCUAGAGUCCCAGGCAAGAAGAAGGCACAAGGUGAUAGCACCAGCAGCUGUGGUGCUAUCUUGAAGUUCUUCACUUCAAGGAACAAGAAGACACCAGGGGGGUUGUCCCAGGAAGAAGAUAAUUCCCCUGAAGGCUUCUGCAGCACAAGUGACUCAGACAAUAGGAGAUCAACUUCCCCUGAAGAGCAGAAGAGGUCAGGACAUGGUGCAAAAGAAGGGAAAACAGGGAAGAAGGUCACAGGAGGUAUAGGAGAGAGCCAUCUGGAAAUAAACUACAUGGAGGAUAACUUUGGUUUUGACUUUGAUGAAGUAGAGCAACCAAAAGCAGCUCCAAAGGCCAAGAAGAAUGAAAACAAACAGAGCAAGCAUAACUCUGCAGUGUUGUCUGAUAGCGAUGCACCACUGAAGAAGAAACCUCGAAAAAAGCCAACUGAAGAAGAGUCUGGCUCAAGAAGCAAAGGACCUCUAACUGACAGUACAAAUACUGCUACAAAGCCAAAGAAAUAUACAACAGGAAGCAGCAAAAACAAUGGAGGAAAAGGUCAAAGACCCAAGAGCAAAGGAGGUGCAAAGUGGAGAGGUGUGAUUGAGACACAAAUGGAAGACGAGGAAUCUGAUGUAGAGUUAAUGCGAGAGGCAGACGCACCUUCCCCUAUGGUGACCGGGUUCUUCCCAUCCCCUCCAGAAGAGGAUAGAAAUGGAGAGAGAGAAGACAAAGAUGACAGAAAGGAGACUGCGAUUUCCUUCAGUAAAGAGACAUUCUAUGGCUCUAACAAAAAACAGAAACCUCCAUCUUCAGUAAGCAUUUCGAAGCAAAGCAAAGUUUCUGAUUCGAGGAAAGUACAGAAGGAAAAGGAGGAGAUGCUGGAAAAGGUGACAAAACUAGCAGAGAAGUACACCAAAAAGAUGCAGGAGAGAGAGGAGGCUCGAGCUAGGAAGCCAAGUGACAGUGUUGACAUUGAAGAGUACCAGAGCCAACCUGUGCAGGACAUGAGCCCUUCAUUGGAGUCAGAUUCCACCAGGAGGCCUGCUUCACACUCAGCAAGUACUUCACCCAAGGAAUCAGAUGCCUAUGGAGUGGAUGAUGGGAAGGUGGAUGAUGAUGAUGAUGAUGAUGAUGAGAGUCACAGAGCUGUUGUGUCUUUCCAGAACCUCUGCAAGAGUCUUGUUCAGAAAUCAAGCAGCAAAGCCAACAGUUCAAAGAAAGUACGACAAGGACCGUCCAUCUUUGACACCACUGAUGAAGACGACAGUCGCACGGAGAGGAGUUGGCUCCUGUCCAAAUCCAAACAGAAGCCCAAACCUCAGAUCAACCACCAGUAUGGUAAAGACAAGAUGACGUCCAAGCCUAAACUUCACUGGGACCAUGAGACAGAGUCUACUACAAGUAGCUGGACUCCUUAUAAUGCAAGGGAGAAAGCUACACAAAAGGAGAGAAUGAAGCCAAAGAAGGGAGGAAAAGCCAACAAGCAGCCAAAGAAAGCAGGGAAAGGUGCCUCACAUGAGGACCCACCCGACACCUUUGGCUUUGAGGAUGACAGCUUACCAUCCUUGGAAAUAGAGAGGACCAAGCCAUUUACUACAGCCAGCAGUUGGGCAGAAGAAAAGGGGGAGGUGGCAGCUAAAAAGAAAAGGGGAAGGCGAGUAAGAUCUGACAAGCAGGUAUACAAGGAAGACAGUGAUUCUGACAUUGAUAAUGACAACUAUGACAACCUCAAGCACAAGGCAUCGACCCCAAAGUCUCCUGUGGACAAAAGGAGGAAGUCAAAGUCUUCUGCCAGUCACUCAAACUCUCACAUUACUGCAUCUGACAAAGAAAUGCUGGAGCCUUGGAACAAAGAAGAACACAUGAAAGUCAGCAAACAGAUGGCCACCAGCAGACGGUUCCUUGAUGCUGUUCAUGUGGAGAUCUUUAAGACUCCUAAACAGCCUACAGCCCACAGGAAUGCAGCUCCACAUAAGAAGAAGGGCUACAAAGAGCUGAAAGUCAAUGUCAACAAAACCCCCACACCCAAGGCCCUAAAGUCUGGGAGUGGCAAGGAGAUGGCAAAAGCUAAGUCCAGCAGAGGCCUUGACCUGAACUCCAGUUUUGACCCAGACCGCUGGGUGGACAGUGAUGUGCCAGGGUUCCUGUCUGACAGCCAGAGUGAUGGACAGUCUGGCUACCUGUCUGAGAGCAGUGUAGUGCCUGGCUUCCUCUCAGGGAACGAGAGCGGCUUCUUGACAGAAGAAGACAAUGAAGUAGUUCAUAAUAGUUGUAGUUCCAUCCUGCCCAGUGGAACCUGUCUGGCCAGCAGUAAUGUGACAGAAGACAAUGUGCCUGCCUCCCCCUGUCUGUCUGUCAUCACUCACAUCUCCAGUGUCAAGAGCCACUUCACUGGGUCUCACAAAGCUUCUGACAAGAUGUCCAUUUCUUAUGAAGCUGAUGAAGAGGACCAUGCUGAUGGGAAGAGCACCAGUAUUGCCAGCAUUGUCUCCGGUCCGUCCACGACUGUACGUCCUUCUGCCUCUACUCUGAAGAGGAAGUAUGGAAGUGACUCUGAGGAUGAUGACUUCCCUCCCGUAUCCCUGGGACUACAGGAUAUGGGAGGAGGGCGCAUCACUCUCCAUCCAAUGAAGACCAUUAAGAAGAGUCUGCCAGCUCCAACACUAUCGUUGAACACUUCAGAAGUGUCGGAUGGAGACCUGAACAUGACAGAAGACUCCAUGGAGGACUCCCUCACUCCGCCAGAGGAUGUCGGACUGGGCGGUGUCCUCAACUCUUUCAACGCACAGAUCAUGAAAAAUAUCCAGCACAAGAAGAAACAGCUGGACAGUUUCUCUCGCAACACCUUAAAGUCCACCCAGAAGGAGGUUAAAGGCCUCUGGAAGGGGCAGAUGGGAAGGAGGAUGAGGGUUCAGGAGGACUUUAAAGGGAACCUGCUGCAUGAGCUGGACUUUCUGGAGAAGGAAAUGGCAAACUUGCAAGCUUGUGAGGAGAAAGCCUUGAAAUUAUUUGAAAACCAGCAAAAGCUGUUGUCUACAGCAAGAAUCACCCAUGAACAGCGCUUCCGGAAAAUUGUGCAAAUGGAGGAAGACUUCCACAAGACCCUGGCAGAGUUGGACAGGGAACAGGAGCAGCAGCAGAUAUCACUGCGGGAGAACCUGUGUGCCAAAGCACAAGAAAUGUCCAACAACUUCCUGAAGAACAUACAACAAGAGGAGAUGAAGAAUAUGAGGAAAGUCUUACACAACAUGUUUCUCUGAGGCUGACAGACAAUGUGUGGUUUGUAUUAGUCAUUCCAAUGUAAGAGUUAUUGAUACCUUUUCAUCUUACUUGAUGCAAAAUCAGUUCCAAAAAUUUGAAACAGGUUACGAUGUGGCAGAAGGUAGUUGGAUUUUACUACCUGUUCCAAUGUCUGAAACUCAUUACCUCUAAAGGAGUUCACUGCUUGUUGGUUUUGAUUAGUUCCCAUUGCGAGUUGUUAGCAGUAACAAGACAAGUUGGCUUUACAUUUAGUACUUCAAGUGGUCAUGCAUACAUUAUGAUAUUGAGUGAUGAAUUGUUUCUACAGUGUACAUGAUGUUGAUUUGUUGCCUAAAAUUUUGCCUGCUGUUUAAGAUAUUUUGCUAGUCAGUGUUGCAGAAAGAAGUUGUUCUGUAUUUUGCAAAAAGUGCAUAUUUCAUACUGGAAGCAUGUUUUGAUGAACUCAGCCAGUUUUAAGACAAAUGUUGAUGUCACAGUUAAGAGAACUAUGUUGUAUUCCAAUAUUGCCAGGAUAUUCUUAUCCUGAGUAAGCCAAACUCUUUUUGGAUGUAUAAUAUAAAGUUAAACUAUUAUAUCAGAUCUAUGUAACUCUUGUUUCUGUUGUAUAGAUUUGAUCUUUAUCAUACUUAAGAUAAGGAUUCCCUUGAGGGUUUUUGAAA